AUGACGCUCUUGGAGGCAUGCAUCGAGGUGGUGAGCCGAUCAUGGAUCAGCCGCGAGUAUCGGAGGCAGAACCACAGAAAAAUGGAGAUGCUGCCAUUGGAUGUUGGCAAUGUGCUGCUGGAGGACGUGGUGAAGAGGCAUGGCAAGCGCCUGUCUCCGGCCAUGAUCGCCGCUUUCAAAGAAUGCGCGAGCCGCAUAGCCCUGGAUGGCUGGGGCGCGUCCCACGGAGGGGGGCAAUGGCUGGCAGAGAUAGCUCAGUACAGGCACCUGACUUCACUUAAGAUGAACAACUGCAGUUUGUCACACAAGGCAAAAAGCAACUACUUGUAUCUGCUUGAAGGCCUUGCAGACAAGCUGAUCACCCUUCAUCUUCAACGAUGCGGAUGCUUCACACAGUCAGCUUUGCAUCACAUUUCACAAUGCCACAAGCUGCAGGAUCUCGAUCUGUCAGGGACAUCCAUGUGCCUUCCUGACAGCCACACUUUGAGUGAGGCCCUCACGUGCUUCACCAGCCUCACCUCUCUGGCCCUGGGGGACCUGAGGGCUGUUAACAAUGCUUGCUGCGGCAGCAUAUCAACCCUCACCCAUCUCAGAGUUUUGGCACUGGCUGGCUGCGACAGCAUCACCGACACAGGUGUGUUCAAGCUGGCUGCCCUCACAGGGCUCACUUCCCUGGACAUCUCUUGGACUAGUGCCACUAGGCCCCCCAAAAUCCAGGGUCUGAGAGACCUGUCCAUGAAUCACUGCACCUUGGCUGGCACUGAAGAUGACCAGGGAGGCACCUCCCAUUGGCCCCUCAUAGAGAGGCUGGACCUUCGGGGGGCAGACAUCAACAACAGGCGCAAUGGAUGGGAACUUCUUCACAGUCUGGCAAAUGUGUGGGGAUCGGUGAAACCUCUUGUGCACCUGGACAUGGGUAACACUGAUAUGCUGGACUUUGAGUUUCUUCAAGGCUGCAGCAACAUCACAAUGCUGAACUUGUCGGGCACCAAGAUCACAGACGUUUCAUUGAUCUGUCUUGCCUGGCUGUCUGAACUAACCAACCUCCUUCUCAGUCACACACUUAUCACAUCGCAGGGGCUCAAGCACUUGGCGGCAUUGCCCAACUUGAAGGUUCUUGCGCUGGCCUCCACAAGGAUCGGCAAUUCUUCCUUUGUCCAUUUGGCUCGGAUGCCAUCCCUCACCGAUGUGGACAUGAGCGACAAUGCCAUUUGGUCCACCAUCCACCCAACUGCCAGCAACCAGAGCGAUGUGGAGCUGGCAGCGAUGGUAGCACUGGAUCGGCUGUUCGACAGGCAGCAGAGCUUCCACUCCGAAGUGGAGGGCGAGAUCGACAUAGCAGGGAUGUUUGUGGAGAAUUUGGACGCAGACUUUGAGGCCCAAGAGUUGAACAGGGUGCCCUCGAAGUCAUACGAGGUGGCUUCGGGCAGCUGCACUGUGGCGGCGCCUCAUCUUAAGCGCCUGAACCUGAUGAACACGAGGUGGACAGACUGGGGAGUCGCACAGCUGGUCAGCUACAGUCCAGGGCUUGUGGCGCUGGCUGUGGGAAACGACGCCCUUGGAAAUGGCGCCAUAAGGGCCAUACAGGGAUUGGUGGAGCUGGAGACAUUCGAAAUGAAGGGAGGAAUCAUCACCAUGGACGGCCUGGAGGGGCUCGAGUCUUGUGGCAAACUGAGGACAGUGAAGGUCACUUGCACCUGGAGAGAGUUGCUGAACGACGAGCAGCUGCUUCAUUUGUACGACCGCGUGCCGGCGCUGGAAGACCUUUACAUGAACGGGCUCUUGCUCAAAAGGCAGCGGAAAGCGAGCGAAAAUUCAACUGGCGUGUGUCCCGAGCCAUGCUUCGAGGUGGCAUAUGACGCCAAUGUCUGCAGGCGAUACUCCAUGGACUUGCUCAUGCGGUCAAAGCUCCGCUUGGCACGGAAGAUGGCUGCUGGAGACUCCGAAGAAAUGCGGAUAGUUGCUGACUUGCGUGGUGCUUUGUUGCCAGACGUCAGAGCUGCUGCUGGCCAGUCUGGAAAUGCGCAGCAGCAUUGCUCCACUCAACGCUGUGGAUGCUUGUGUUAG